AUGGUGGGAGGUUCCUCAACCCGAAAGGAGGAAGUACCAAGAGCAAGAGUUAGAGCGUUCCAGAUCACAGCAGAGGAGGCUCGGGAGGAGCCAGAGCUCGUCACUGGUAUAUUUUUCGUGAAUUCUCAUCCUGCACGUAUAUUAUUUGAUUCUGGUUCUACGUAUUCCCUCAUGUCGUAUGCCUUUGUUCGCUUUCUCGAAUCUGUUCCUGUACUUUUGGAUAGACCAUUUUCUGUGGAUACCGCUAGUGGAACCCCUUUAGUAGCUGAUAGAGUAUUCAAAGAUUGUACAUUAGUAUUGGAGGAUCAAAACUUCUCAGUAGACUUAAUCCUUAUGGAUAUUCGUGGCUUUGAUGUGGUUAUUGUUAGUGAAGGAGAUUAUAUUUAUGUGUACAGAGAAAAAGGGGUCGGUGACAUCAAGGUAAUUUCUGUACUCAAAGCUCGUCGAUAUUCAUCUAAAGGGUGCACUUCUUUCAUGGCAUAUGCUUUAGAUGCCACUAAAGAAAGAAAUAAGUUGGCCAAGGAUGUGCCCGUGGUAUGUGAAUUUCAGGAUGUGUUUCCUGAUGAUUUGCCUGGUCUACCACCGGACAGGCAAGUAGAAUUUCGAAUUGACCUUGUGCCAGGUGAUGCACCUAUUGAACGGACACCCUAUCGUCUUGCCCCCGCAGAAAUGAAGGAAAUGAUGAGCCAAUUACAGGGAUUAUUAGAUAAAGGUUUCAUCUGA